AUCAUAUUUUAGAUUUCCCAAUAAGAAUUCAGAUUUCCUUCCAUAAUCCAUAGAAACAACGAUUGAAGAGGAUACAAUUCACCAUCCUAAAAAGAGUUGUCCAAAUUACACUACACGUUUCCAUUUCUGGAUCUCAACACUGAACAUUGAAAAGAUGUUCCUAUAUAAACAAUAUUCUCACUACUUGAAUCAUUCUCAGUCUUAUUCUCCGAGAAACAGUGAACCUGAACUGCCCUUCCCACAUUCUAAUACUUUCACUCAUUACUAGAAAAAUGGCGGCUAAUUUUAUUACUCACUUAUCUCUGGUUCAUCCAAAACCUUCACUUUCUGCUAAAUCCCUUCAAAACCCGUCUCUGUCUCACCUCUCCAAGCUCUCUCCUUCAUCAAGUCUCUCUCUCUCUCUCUCUCUCUCUCUCUCUCUCUCGUACAGAGUAUCACAGGGACGUUCUUUUUCUGGUUUGCUUUGCAGAUGUUUGCUUUUUGCCAAUCAAGAGAAGUGGGGUUGUGGGAAAACUCUCAUUCGCAUCGGCUGUAUCGGAUUCAACAUCUUCAAUUCCGGAAAACAAGAAAAUCAGCAAGAAUCCCAUUAUCGUCAUUGACAAUUAUGAUAGUUUCACCUACAAUCUUUGCCAGGAAAAAUCCUAGGGGAGUGCUUAUCUCUCCUGGUCCAGGAACACCCCAAGAUUCUGGAAUAUCAUUGAAAACAGUUUUGGAACUUGGACCUAUUGUACCUUUGUUUGGUGUUUGUAUGGGUUUGCAGUGCAUCGGUGACGCUUUUGGAGGAAAGAUAAUCCGAUCUCCCUACGGUGUUAUGCAUGGCACAAGUUCUCUCGUGUAUCAUGAUGAGAAGGGGGAAGAUGGGUUGUUGGCUGGAUUGUCAAACCCCUUCAAUGCAGGAAGAUAUCACAGCCUUGUGAUUAAAAAGGACACUUUUCCCGAGGAAGCACUCGAGGUUACUGCUUGGACAGAAGAUGGACUGAUUAUGGCUGCUCGGCACAAAGUCUAUAAGCAUGUUCAGGGCGUACAGUUCCAUCCGGAGAGCAUCAUAACUUGGGAAGGCAAAACAAUUGUUCUUAAUUUCGUCAAACUAAUAGAGAGAAAAGAGGCAGCUGAAUCCCGUAUAGUUAAUUCCGCACAUAAUUGGUUGAGUAGUAAAUGUCAAAUAUGGGUAUGGGAGAGUACAUUGGAGAUUCAUCAUUUAUGCAUUUGGACCAACCAAAUAUACCCUUCAAACCUAGUACUUGGGUGAAUGCUGCUUUAAAAAGAUUGUGAUCUGUAGCUUUCCAAAUGAUUUACGUGACUGCUUUUGGAUGACUAUGUAUUCUCUUUACAAUUCCAGUUCAGAAUUGGCCGUACAAAUCCCAAAAUAUAAUUAAAAAUGUUUCUUAUAAAA